CAUUAUAAGUAUCGAACCAUGCACAUUAAUUUCUCAGAGUCAAAAGAGUUCCCUUCAUUUCCCCACACCAAGAAGAAGAAGAGGAAAUUGAACACAAAACAAGAUGAAGUCUUUCUUGCCUCUUGUAGCUCUAACUUUCCUUCUCCUCCAUCUUGCACAGGCCAAUGAUCGGGACAGCGACAUCAUCCACGGGAGCUGCAGAAGAGCUGCUGAUGGCGAUCCAAAUAUAAGCUAUGGAUUCUGCAUCGCGUGCUUUGAAGCCAACCCGACAAGCCAACCUGCAAGUAUUGGAGAUCUCGCUCUCAUGUCCAUCAACCUCACCAUCUCAAAUGCCACCGAGAUUAGUUCCUGCAUAUCGAAACUCCUCCAGAACGAAAGACUCAGCCAUUUUGCUCGUGACUGCUUGACGGCAUGCUCGGAGCUGUACUCGGAUGCUUGUUCUACGUUGAGAGGCGUUGUGGAUGAUUUUGGUUCCAGAGAUUAUUACAAAGCUAAUGUGGACGUAAGUGCCGUGAUGGAUGCUGCCGUCACUUGCGAAGAUGGUUUUAAAGAGAGGGAAGGUCUAGUGUCUCCUUUGACCAAAGAGAACGACAUUUUUUUCCAAAUGAACGCGAUUUCCCUCGCGUUCAUCGCAAUGCUACAUUGCAAUUGAUCGAUAUCGGAUGCAUUUUCUGGCUGAUAAUUUCUGAAAGAAUUUCAUACAAAUAUAUCUAUGAUGCCUUCGUAUGUAGGACGAACCCCUCCAAUUGUACUACAUCAUCAGAUCUAGACAUCUUGAUCAAGAUAACACUUACUGUGUUUCUGAAAAUUGUUCAAAGUGCAAGGACUGUACUGGAUAC